CAUGAAGUUCUCUCUCGCAGCCGCUGCUGCUGCAGCGUUUGCCAUGGUCGGUUCGGUCAACGCAAACUGUGACAAGGGCCCCUACGUGAGCACCAGUGUUGGACAGGCUCUCGGCGAUGCCCCGGGAUACCAGCAUUUCUGCGAGUCCCGUUGGGAAGAAGGCAUCGUCAUCACCGGUAUUCGUGUAUGGUCGGCCAAGUUCCAGGUCAAGGCCGUUCAGUUCCAGUUCGCCGGUGGUGACUGGGGCAAGCGUUACGGACAGCUCCCUGACGAUGUCCAGCCCAAGGAAAAGACAUGGGACGAGCUUGAGGAGAUCAACCUGAGGCUCUGGAACAACAAGCCUGAUGAUGGUGACCCAGUUGACGCUGUCGGUUGGAUUCAGAUCAACAUGGACGGCCAGGAGAAGUGGGAUGCCGGUGCCGACGAAAAGAAGGUUGCCAAGAAGGAGAACUACGUUGAGAACCCCAGUGGAAAGCUUUUGGCUGUCCGAGGUGCUGCAGGUGCCUGGGUCACCACUCUGGAGUUCAAGUUCCUCGAGUCGCCCGUCAAGAGUGUCGAGAUGAUCUCGAUGAACUUCAAGGAGGACUACAAGAAGUGGGGAACUGAGGGCAAGGGCAAGUCCGAUGCCGUUUUGGGUACCAACUACUUCAUCAACUCCAGCGAGAAGGGCGGACCCAACGCCACCUACGACAACACGAUCAAGCUCACCAAGUCCAAGAGCAAGGAGAUCAGCACUUCUCAGACGCACACUGCUGGCUACAAGUUGGGCAUCACUGUUAGCGGAAAAGUGGGUGUCCCACUGUUGGCUGAGGGCUCCAUCGAUGUCACCAACGAGUUCAGCUACCAAUACUCCAACAUGAAGUCUGUCAACAACGCUGAGACCGAAUCAUGGGGCAUUGACGCCAGGAUGGGAGGUCCUGGUGCCGCCGGUAUUCCCCCACAGUCGGCUGCCUACUGCACUGCUCAAGCCACCAUGGGUUCUUUCGAGAGCGACUACGAUGCCGUUCUUGAGGCCACCAUGGCCAGCGGCAAGAAAUACCAGUACAAGAACUUUGGCCACUUCGCAUCCGUCGGCUACUCCAACGGCAGGACCGAAUGCAAGGUUAUCCCCCUUAAGGACGUGCCUUCUGAUGCCCCCAAGACGGAUGCUACCCCCAAGGGCAAGCGCUCUACUCGCUUGUCUCGCUUCAUUGCCGCUUUGUAA